AUGCCUGACAAGGCAGACACCUCCUCACAGAUGCUCCUCCAAGCAGCAUUUUUGGCUUGCUUGGAGCAGCCAGCUGUGGAAAAGUCACUCCGGAGCCCAUACAUUUCUCAUUCCUCCCACACUCACACCCACACGCCCAUACAUUCCUCAUUCCUCAAACACUCACGCCCACAAGCCCACAGAUUCCUCAUACCUCCCACACUCAUCACUCCCACACGCCCACAGCUACGCCUGGCCGCCCUCAACCAGCCGUACACCGGAGACAUGAGGGGCGUGACGGGCGUGGACUACACCUGCUAUCGUGAGGCGCGGCGGGCGGGGCUGAGCGGAAUCUUUAGGGCUUUCCUCACCUCCAGGAUCCAGAACCUUGACUCUAUUGUUAGGAGCGACGCUAACUUACCUGUCGUCAGGAUCCACCUGUCGUCAAUAUUAAGGUAG